GUACAAAGCAAGAGGUCCAGUUUUCGAGACGGGCCACCGAAUCUCCCAUUGGAAUUCAACGUGGAUAAGGAAAAACCGUCGACAAGUGCCGAGUUGGUGCCACCAACUUGUCACGUAGAAUUUGAAACUCAUAACACAAUAUUUCGUCCGAUCCCGAUCGUGAAUCCUGUCUAUUCUGUUGAUUCGGCGUAUCCCAGAUCAAAUCUUGUAUAUAAAGUGUUGCACAAUUACAGGAAAAUGUACGCAGAUCGUUGGGCAAUGGAGCUUACUGUACCGGGACGAGAAGGAGCACCUUCCUAUAACGCUUCAGGAAAGAUUAUUACACUAUGCAACCUCAAUCGCCUGUCAGACAUAAUGCGUAGGCAGAUGCCGUAUAUCUUGCAAUUUAUUCUUGAAACAUUCGACGAUUUCGCCACUUUUGAUAACGGCGAACAGAAUUUUUACAACGCAACGUCACUGAGGGCAGUGUUGCAGCAACUCACAAUAAACGUGUUCAUGUCACGUUUCUGGGAGUUGGAAGGAUCCUAUUGGACCUAUCGGAAUUUGCCAGCUCAGCAAGUAGAGAAGUUUGUUUUUUAUAUCUGUAGUACAAAUGAACACGGUAAACUUACC